UUGACAGGGAAAAGUGCCGAAAGGUGGGAAAGCAUCGAGCUAAGGGAAUUUACGAGAUAUCGUGACACCUGUGGAUAUCAUCGCUCGUAUUUGGCAAAAUUCCACCUCGGUGACGGAGAAUUAUCAGAUAAACAACGAGAGAUGUCCGAUUUAUUUUUCUAUACUUUAUUUUAUGUCUUGAUCACCGGAUGUAUCCUCUAUCCGCCGAUAGAAUUUGUCGCGGCCGGACUGACCAUCAAGGAUAUCUUCAGUGAUUUUCUCGGCGACGAGAAUGAAUUUUUUAUACAUUAUCACAUCAGGAGAAGCGUAUUUACGUUGUUUAUACACUCCAUGUUUCCUCUGGAUUACAUCAUAGGGCUGAGUUUCUCCGAUAACUUCGAUUUUGGAAAGUUGCUUGACUCAGACAAGAUGACUCUCGGGCUGGUGGCUGUUAUUUUUGCAUUGGUUGGAGCUUGGUACACAGUGAUUCAAAUAUGCGAAUGGUAUAUACAUGAUUGGGCUGUGCAUCCGAUAGUGCAGAAUCUUUCCGUGUACAGCAACAAUAACAUGUCAUGGCAGGAUGUUGCUGCAGACAUUAAUAGAGAAUAUCGAAGAGUGGAUAAAACUGAUAUUGUUACAAAUGGCAUAACUCGUAUCGUAGUGACAGACAACUGGAUUAUUAAGAUCACAUCUUACAAGUUACAAGUGGUGCACCAAAGCGACGCCACCUUAAUAGUAAAAAAAUGCGACACACAUUUAAUGUCAGCCAUAACUGGAGAUCAGGUUCAAUACAUCAAUAUUCAGGUAAAAUCCAUGCGAGCGACGGCAGAAGGAUUCGACAUAAGAUUAAAUGCGUUGGACUUUAAAGAUCUGCAAGACAAAGUUUCGCGGCCGAUCAUUAUACCGCAAAAUAUAACGUUUCACAAGACUUUGCUCGACAGAUUUAUCAGUACUUUCAAGGAGGAAGCUAAUAAAAAUCCAAUCUACGACACUGCCCAGGAGUUGGAUCAAUGCGUAGGAUGUAUGCAAGUGACCGCAAAUAUGAAAUUGAACAAAUUAUGUGAUAACGUUACCGAGAAUAGAGAUUCUGACGGUUGUACAGUGUGCUAUUGCCGUCCGAUGUGGUGUAUAGAAUGUAUGGCAAAGUGGUUUGCUUCGAGACAAGACAAAAAUGCUCCAGAAACGUGGCUGUCUGCUAAAUGUACCUGCCCUGUCUGCAAAGCGAAAUUUUGUAUCUUAGAUGUUUGUAAUAUAAGGAUUUUAGAUCAGUAAUACCGCCUCUGACUGCGUCCUUUUAUGACUAAAAUUGAAGGCCGUUCGUAUUAUGCUGCAUUUUCGAGAUUUGGAAUAUAAAAUUGAUAUUUGAUUGUCAAUUUAGAGUAUAUAUAUAUAUAUAACAUAUAAAUAUAUGCAAAACAUGUU